GUCCCUGCAGUAAGCUGAUGCUGAUCUGGAGUCACACCGACAGAGGGAGGAAGGGAGGGAGGGGUCGCAGCUGAUAGCGCCGAUAAGCUGAGCAGAGCACGCCCAGCUCCGAUACGGCAUCAACAACAAACGGUGAAUACCUAAGUAGAUAAACCAACGAAAAAGAGGAUUACAUAGACUUUCCGGCCAAUAGAUUCUAUUUUCUUUUCUUUCUAUAACUGAUUCGAGGAGAAGCUUCGCCCUAAAGUAUCCCAGAAUGGCUGCUACCGACGACAGCAAAAGACGAGCUGAGGCGCUCAUUCCCAAGUUCCAAUUCGAACGCAUCUUGAAUCAAGACGGAGGCGGUCGACGCAUAAACCUCUACGGCCAGGUAGACUCGCAGCCCGCGAUCCUGAUUCUCGACCGAGCUCCAUUCCCCGACGCACCCGAGUACCUAUCCGCGCUACCCGCCAACCUACGCAGCCUGACAAAUCUAGGGAACAACGACAUAUACUCGUGGUUUCUCGGUUCCGGGGGCCCCAUACUACUCCAGAGCGAGGACAACGACAAGGAUAGGUUCGCCGACUUCAAGAUCGACCUUAUCUGCCCUUGUACCGACAAACACGUCAAGAAGCACAGUCGUCAAGGCGUACGCUACGUGACCGAAACGCCCGAGAUAUACCGUGACAAGGUGCGACCGUUUAUGCAGGCGAAUCGCGAAGAAGGCCGUUUGAAUUGGAUUUACAACAUUAUCGAAGGGCGGAAAGAAGUCGAGGACGUGAUAUACAGGACACCGCUCGGACGGGAUGGCGACGAGGGUUUCCUCUUGUUGCCCAACUUGCACUGGGACCGGAAGACCAUUGACGCAUUACAUUUGCUGGGGAUAGUUGAGCGGCGGGAUCUCUGGAGUUUACGCGAUCUGAAGAAGAAGCAUCUCCCCUGGCUCCGACACAUGAGAGCCAAGCUGAUUGACGCGACGAUCAAGACAUACCCGCAGAUUGAGGAGGAUCAGCUCAAGUUGUUCUGCCACUACCAGCCGACAUACUACCAUUUCCACAUUCACGUCGUUCACGUCACGUUGGAAGCGACAGGGACACAAUCGGUGGGCAAAGCAAUCGGCAUGGACACCAUCAUCGAGCAGCUCGAGAGCAUGGCGGGGGACGAAGAGACAGGCAUGGAAAGUAUUUCGAUAGGCUAUACGGUGGGCGAGGCGGGGGAUCUGUGGGCGGAUAUCUUCGAGCCUCUCAAGAAGAGCGGUAAAGCUUCUCUACCGCGAUGACGAGGUCGUUGACGGAUGAUCCGCCCGGACAGUCUGUCCAUUCUCCACCAUCGCGUACGCAGAACGUCU